AUGUACACCCCGACCCCCCACCCGCGGUCGGCGACACGCCCCUCCUCACGGCCUAAGGCGAAGGUGAUGGCCACGUUCUGCGCCUACCAGCCUGAUCAGCAGAAGAGCCGUCGACGCACAAGUCGGAGGGAAAAACGGCGGCUAGAGGCGGUGUAUCUCGAGAGCCCGACGCCGGACAAGACGCUGAUCACAACGCUGGCGAAGGAGUUGAACAUGGAGCAGCAAACUGUGAGGAUUUGGUUUCAGAAUAGGCGAGCGAAGGCAAAAAAGCUAGACCAACGGAUGAUGCAGUCAAAGGGCUCUGCGUCCCUGCCCAGCCCUCAAGAGGUCGACGAACAUUUCCAUCCUGAGACUCCCGACGGCCAAUCAUUCCGUCCACAUUGUGGCUUAGACACACCCGAGCAGUUGAAUCCAACUUCACCAGCGUAUUUAACCGAGUCCUCUGAGCCUCAGCCCUCCAUGACUACUUCUACGUCCUCCCCCGUGGACUCACUGUCCGACCAGAUCCCCGGUCCGUCUCGCAUACCCACUUCGGUGCAACCUCUCGCGCGACUCCCGACGCACUCAAUGCCCGUACCCAUGUCACACAACGAUGCGCCCCGCCGGACGUCACUCCCCAACUUUCGUAGCAGUGUCCUUGUUAGCAGUUACAGCGCGUCUCCCUCCUCCUCGACCAACGCCGCGUACGCCCUACACCCACACUACUCUCCAUCUACAUCGGAACGCGACCACGGCGACAUGCCCAGCUUCUCAUGUGCCGAGGCAGGCGGAUUCCUACCGUCCCACCGGCGCUCAGCGCAUACGCUUACACACAUAGAGCGGCUCUCCAGCAAUCCGUACGCAAAGAUAGUGAAACAGUGCAAUACGAACCUAUACGGCGACUUCGGUGCGCUGUUUGCACGGCACUACUCGUUCGACAGCGGCCGUGCGGCCGAGCCUCCAUAUGUGCUGUCGGUGCGCGAUGUCGGUGCCCCUCCUCCCGGUCCCUUACCUGCACCCGACUACUGUUUUGGCGCGCCCUACGCCGGAGAGCGGCCGCCAACACCCGCGUUGGCCCCGCAGUCUGCGCAGUCACCUAUUGUGCCGUACGCGCUGGAGUCGGGCAAGGAUGGGUCUCGCAAGGAAGACGAGUACGACGUGUAUGAGCACGGUGUACGACUCCCGCCUCCGUACCCGUAUGAGUUUAGCGCUCUUCCGAGUGGGCCGGGUCUGCGCUUUGGCAGCAUGGCAAGUGUAGGCGGGAGCGAGUCGAGCUUAUCUUCUGCUUUCUAUUCGGAGAGCAGCUCGGGGAACCGGUGUGGCUGGGAGAAUGCCGCUAUGAACGAGAAUGGGCGGAGGGCUAGUACUGAAUCACACUUCCUGCGGCGCGUCGCUGAGCUUACCGUUGACCCGACCCGCAUUUACAAUGUCCACCCUAACUCAGUGCCUUCUUCGCGACGGCCGAGUCAAGUACUAGUGACCUGCCUCAUGUCCGGAGAACAGUCACACUCUCACGCAUCGACCGUCGUUGAAGGCGGCCCGCUGCACCAGCCCGAGCCUUCUCUACCUGGUACGGGCGUUGCUCUACUGCAGCGCCACAGCAGCUCACUCGCACACGCGCUGGAUUGUCCCGAAGAGCCCAAUCAUCGUGAGCGGUACUCCGUUGGCGACGUCACCUUGUCUUUCCCGCCGGAAUAUACGUUCCCUCAUGUGGUUGGGGAACCUCAAUUGGCGUACGACAUCCCGCCGGAUGCCGAUGCUGCCACCCGCCAGGUCGUGUAUGCUGCGCACGGCGCCGACCACCAAGGUGGAUACGCCGUCCAGGCCCUACAAGAGCACGGCCACCCAUCGCAAUCGCACUCUCAGGUAGCCCCCUUCAGCCGGUAUGCACAUCAAUAUGAUGUGGGCACCGUCGAUGAGCCCCGCGCGGACGACUACGAGGACCUGGACGAGGGCCAGCGCGGUGCGCCACCAAUGUAUAGGACAGGCGCCGUCGAGCUGGAUCAUAUGUGUGUACCGGCGAAUGCGACGUCUGACGCGCUUCAGUUUGUACGUAAGGAUAUCAGAUUAUAUCCAUGA